CUGACAUGAAAUCCUCAGCUCAAAACGGCACGCUUUUAUUUCUCGAGCCCUAUAAUCGAUCCAUUUCCGUUGAUUAAAUCAUCGAUUGUUGAAACAUUCGCCGUUUAUCUUAUUUGGAAUGAUUUUUGUUUUUGAUGAAAGCAAUUUGGGGUUAUUAAACUUUGGAAGGAUUGGUGUUUAUUGAUAUUUGAUUUGGAUAAGAUUAAGAGCUAGGGUUAGGGUUUUCUAUCGGGAAAAUUGAAAGAUUGAGAAUUUGUUGGAUUCUAGGGUUUGAUUUGAAUAUCGUAUAAUAGGUGUGGGGUUAGGAGGAUAAUGUGUAUAUUGUGUGUGAUUCAGAAGUGGUCUCGCCGGGUUGCUACAAUGCUACCUUGGUUAGUUAUUCCACUUAUAGGGCUAUGGGCUUUGUCACAGAUUUUGCCACCGGCUUUUCGAUUUGAAAUCACGUCACCGAGGCUGGCAUGUGUUUUUGUGCUUUUGGUUACUCUAUUUUGGUAUGAGAUUUUGAUGCCUCAGUUAUCAGCUUGGCGUGUGCGUAGAAAUGCACGUCUGAGGGAAAGGAAGAGGUCUGAGGCUAUUGAAUUGCAUAAGUUGAGGAAAACUGCUACGCGGCGAUGUAGAAAUUGCUUGACUGCAUAUAGGGAUCAGAACCCAGGUGGUGGUAGAUUUAUGUGUUCAUAUUGUGGCCAUAUUUCAAAGAGACCAGUCUUGGAUUUGCCUGUGCCACCUGGGGGAUUGGGGAUAUCCAAUUCAGGGAUUAUUAAGGAGCUUGUUGGAAAAGGUGGGAAGAUUUUGAAUGGGAAGGGAUGGUCUGAGAAUGGAUGGAUGUGUGGUCAGGAUUGGUUAGAAAAUGGGAAUUGGGUUAGUGGGUCAAUUGCAGGGAAGUCUAACUAUUGGCGGAAGAAUGGGAGUGGGAUUUUUGGAGGAGAUGAGAACUGUAUGGCAGAGAAGUCUUACUCUGGAGCUGUUAUUUUUGCCUGCAAGUUGUUGACAUCUUUUUUCUUGAGCAUUAGGUGGCUUUUGAGAAAGAUUUUUAGAAUUAGUUCAUCACAUGAAGAUUCUUCGUCUGAUGCAGAUCAUAGAGGGAUGAUGGCUAAGAGGGGUGAAAAUGAGUUAAAUUACCAUGAACGUAGAGGAGAGAAAGCACGCAGAAAAGCUGAGGAGAAGAGACAGGCUAGGUUAGAGAAGGAGCUUUUGGAAGAGGAAGAGCGAAAACAGAGGGAGGAGGUUGCAAGGUUGGUGGAGGAACAUAGGAGACUCAGGGAUGAGAAGAUGGAGGCUGAAAAAGAACGAGGCAUAACUUCACCUUCUGUCAAGGAGAAGGAUAGUAAGAGAGAAGCGGAAAGAAAGCGUCAGGAAAGAAGAAAAGAGAGGGACAAGGGGUCUAGUAAGAGUAACUCUGAUGCAGAAGAACUGGAAAAGAAAGCUGGAAAGGAAAAUGAGCGGAAGCGUGAUUUUGAUAGGAAGAGUGAGAAUGAUCGGCGUGAACAUCAGAAAUUUGGUACAGAUAUUGUCAAGAGCCAUGGCAUGGAAACAGUACAUGGUGGAAAAACUUCUGCAAGUAAUUAUACUCGGGAAAAUGCUGGGACUAGGUACCUGGAUCGUAUGAAAGGUACAUUUUUGUCUUCUUCAAAAGCUUUUAGUGGAGGUAGUUUCUUUGGAAAGGGUGCUAAUAAUCCUGUUACCGUUGCAAAAGAGAACAAGUCUAUUAGUUCAGUAGAUCAUUUUCACCCUUCUGCCCAGAGGAGAGAUUUUUAUCCAUCUGACCGUGCUGGGAAGUUAAUACAUGGAGAUGAUAAAAGCAUCAACCGCCCUGUGCUUGCCGAACCACAACCAAGGACUACAACAAAAAAAUCAUGGCAACAGUUAUUCACACGUUCAUCAUCAGUUCCUGCUACCUCAAAUACUAAUGUCAUUAGUAGACCAAAUCCGAAAUUGCCCACCGAAGUUCAAAGUCCACCAUUACCUGCUCAAUCGUCAGCAAUGCAAACAUUUGAUAAUCCAAUCAAUUUUGGGCUGCCAUCACCAUUUACACUAUCUACCUAUCCGAAUGUUUCCACUGCUAGUAGUUUAGGGUUUUCUCCUGUAAUUGAACCGAUCUUACCUCGCGUUGGAGACGGACCUCAUGAAUUUAUACCUGAAGAGACAGAGCUUUUUGAAGAUCCAUGUUAUGUGCCUGAUCCAAUAUCUUUGCUUGGGCCUGUUUCUGAGUCGCUUGAUAAUUUUCAACUGGACCUGGGGGCUGGUUUUGCAAAAGACAUCGGAUCUGAAAGGGCUCAUGCUUUGAAGAAUGCGUCUUUUACCUCUGAAGUCAGUAAGCCAUCUCCGAUUGAGUCUCCAUUGUCACGAUUGCGAGUUGCUGAUGAAAAGCAUAACAAUUCUAAUUGGUUUCCAAGUACACCUAUGGUUCAAGAUAUGCACACAUAUCCAGUGGAUGAUACGAAUGGAACUGAGAAUGGAACAUGGCAGAUGUGGAACAGUUCUCCUCUUGGGCAGGAUGGUCUAGGUCUGGUAGGUGGCCCCCCAAGCUGGAUUUUACCCCCAGAACGGAAUAGAUCAAACAAGGAAGACUUUGUGCAUCCUUCUUCUCAAAAGACAAUGGUAUCACUGUUCACAAAAGAGGACCUAGUCCUUUCUGGCACUCAUUCUCCUCAGAAGGUUUUUCUUGGUAGUGGCCAGAAAGGUGGGGCAUUUAGCCCUGUAACUGGUUCAAGUGAUCAUGAUCCGUGGUUACAGAAUACUUUCUUUCGGCCAUUGUCGGCCAAUGACCAGUUUUCUCUCAGAGCACAGGAAGAUAGUACUCAAAAUGAAAUGAUAUAUGGGAGUCCCAGUGGAUCUGCAACUAACCAUUCAUUUGACCUGUCUCCAGCAAAUUGUUGGUCCAAGUGAGUGCAUCAAACUUUAAGACUCAC